CGAACGCAAACACUACUACCCCAGUCCGAGACGAAAAUCCCUGGCGAACGGACACACGCGGCACCAGCAGAGCCUCCUCAGCAAAGCGUACUCCUUCUUGCAGUGGUGCAGAAGUUUUUUUUUCGAUUUGGUUAGUUCGGGUUGUACAAAAGUUUAAAGCGCCCCCCCAACUCCCACACACUGCUCCCCUCCCAUCCAUCAAACACGUGUGCAUUGUGUGUGACUCUGUGAGUGUGUGCGUUUUUUGCGUGUGCUGCGAUUUAAAAAAAAAGCUUGCCCAAGCUUUCUGCCAUUUUUGGUAUGCCACAUAGGCUUUCAAUUUACUCCCGAAUUUCUCAAAAAAGGGAGUAGGCAAACAUUGUGUUUGUAUGUGUGCUUAGAUUUUCCGGGAUUUGUUACCGGGAUUACUACAAUGCUGGAUAAAACACAUCUCCGACCAUAGCAACGCCGUACACCUGUGCCUGUGUCUUUGGACGGCCAGCGACCACUCCUCCUUCACCGGCACCAUCAGUAUCACCUGCAGAACCCGCGAGGACAGGACAGGCAGCCACCGCAACUCAGUUCUUUCAGUGCUGAUCUCGGAAAGUGCAGAAACGUUUGUCAUGAUGCUGAUAUAGUGAAGUUAAAACGAUUUUACGCUGCACGCGAACGCUUUGGUUCAGUUUGUAUCCGUUUGAUUUGGUUUCGUUUAUGUUUUAUAUUUGUUUUGCGUUUUUCCAAUUUAUUUUGAACUUAAUUUUCCUACCCUCCUCUAUGCAAAAAAUGUAUGACUAGUGGGUGCGGUUCAACCAGUUUAACCAACCAUCAGGCGGGUCAUAUAGAACGACCCAGUGAAAGUGCAUCAUAGCAUGCGGUGUGCAAAGUUUUCUGGCUGUGAGUUUUGGAAAACAGAACUUUGCUUCUAUCGCGUCCAACUCGCGCAAAAGUGCAAUCGUGCAAACGCAAAAGCUUGAAGAAAAUAUUCCAUGAAAGUGUGAACAGAAUCACCGUUUCGAUGUCGCAACGACACAACGAUUAACAUCGAAGAUUUGCUUGCGAACAGCCGCACAAAUAGCAACGCAUACAAUCGUCAUUAUCGCCGGGAUGAUGUGGAGCAGUGAAUUAGUUUGUUCAAUGAAGAGAAAUGGGUGUACAAUUUAACCUAACCCUGUAUUGAUUUCAAGCUAGUGAAGUAAUUGUUUAUUUUUUGUUUGUCCAUUUUUCUUUCGUUUAGUUGGAUACAUUUUGCGUUUAUUUGUUUCUUCUAUCUUGGUUUCUGCGGUUUCACAAGUGCACGCAACUCGCAUCCUUCAGCCAUCGAGAACAUUCGUCCGGAGUAAGUGAACUUGUUCGCCCGCCGAGCUUACUCUCCCAGCGUCAUGUGCUGUUGACCGCCAUUUUGGAAAAGUGAAGCAGUCGCGUGUAAAAGCAGAGCAGUACAAUCCUGCAGCACUCCCGAACCCAACUGUGGCCCCCCUCCCGCUCAGUACGGUCGGUCGAGCGCGGGACGAACCGGAGAACGAUCCGGAACGAAUGAUGGCGGCCAUUUUGGGUCGCGAAAAACCGCGCCGUCAACGGCGGGCCGGGGAGGAUCCUGUCGCCGCAAGUGAACGCAUCCAAGUGAGCGACGGUGAGAGUGGUAGUUGUGGUCAGAAUCGUAUGGAGCAGGCGCUAGGGCCGCCACCAAACGCAAGGACUCCACGAUUGUCCUCCCGGUGCUUUUGGUCGGUGGAGGAGGAGGAGGAGGAGAUGAUGGAGGAUGGCGAAAUGGAAGUAUUACCAGGUCGAAGGAGGGGAGUGGUGAGCAACAAUGCAUCGCACAGGCAUUGGCCAUGGUCAGGGUCGCGCGCCAGGGAUACGUCGCUUCUCGUAGGACUAGUGUUGGUGCUGUUACACACCGUAGAAGUUGACAGUCGAGCACCGAAGGAACCCUACUACGGUCGUGAAAUAGGGCAUCUGACCAACUUCGGACACGGCAUCAAGGGACAAGUGUUUGCCGUCGAUGAAUCGACGCUGUUUGUCAAAGGAUUCGCCUACGAUGGUAACGCACCGGAUGCGUUCUUCUGGGUCGGCAAUUCACCUCGCCCAAGCCCGGAAGGAUUCAUCAUACCGUACCCGGAGGAAUACAGCGGGCGAGAGCCGCCGGUGUUGCAGCAACAUACCAAUACGGACAUUAUCCUUAAGUUACCGAUGGGAAAGCGCAUACGGGACAUUCGAUGGCUUUCGGUUUGGUGUCGUCGAUUUACGGUCGAUUUUGGAGAAAUUUUCAUCCCACCAGGACUGGACGUACCGAAACCACGGGUACUGCCCGAGUUCAAGCGUCUAGCACACGGGCUUCGCUCGAGCAAUAUCAGCAUCCUGGACGCGAAAACGUUCUACAUUCCCAACCUGCACUAUGACGGUGCUGGCCCAGAUGCUUACUUUUGGGUCGGCAACGGUUCCGAGCCAAACAUUAUGGGCACGAAGGUACCGAACGAGCUCGGAUCGUUGGACCCGCUGCGUGGCUAUCAGGGCGAAGAUAUCGAAAUUCAGCUGCCGGGAAAUCUUACCGUGUACGAUAUCGACUGGCUGGCGGUUUGGUGUGUGGAGUAUCGGCACAACUUUGGGCACGUCUACAUCCCGAAGGAUCUGGAUGUUCCGCCAGCACUAGGACAAACGAAGAUAGCGCCGCCCUGGUGGUACAAACCGACAACCACGACCACAUCAUCGGUGAUAACACAGCCCACCAGCAAACCGGCAAAUGUCAACUGCAAAGAGCUGCUGCGCGGUAAACUCAACGUGAUGUGGGAGGUGAUGGAUGACUUCAUCGUCAUUGAGCUGGUUGGGCGUAUCCGGGAGGACCAGUACAUGGCGUUCGGUAUUUCCGGCAGCCAUGGACACCCGCAGAUGAUUGGUGCGGACGUUGUGGUGGCGUUCUACGAUCGCCGUCAGCGCCGAUUCCGGGCCGAGGAUUACUACAUGUCCUCGCUGGCCCAGUGCGACGGCAAGCUGGGCGUCUGUCCGGAUGAGCGGAUCGGUGGUAAAAACGAUGUGGAAAUUUUGUCCGGUGAUCGUAGCCAUGGUGUUACCAAGAUCAAGUACCGCAGGCUGCUGCAAACGAACGAAGCUGUCAACGACCGGGCCUAUCCAUUGGAUCGUCAAAUAUCGGUGAUUGCCGCUAUCGGGCCAUUAAACUCACGGGACGAAGCGAACGCACACUCGCACACAGGCACGGAGGUCACGGUGGAUGACGUGCAGAUUGACUUUGCGUCGAAGAACGAUCACACCUGUACCGAUGCCCUAGAUAGCUUCCGAGAGGAGGACGGCCCGGAACCAUGGCCAUCGCGCACAAUCCUGGGCGAGAAGACAAUCACGGCUCGCAUUGGUCCGACCGGUGGCAAGCGCGGUUACACGCCCAUUACUGGCCAUCCGUCUUGGGGCAUUGCCUGGUACAUGAAUGAUUUGCUGAUUCCAGAAAUCUACGUCGAACGCGGGCAGACCUACACAUUUAUCGUCGAGGGUGGUGAUGAGACGACGCAACCGGCUAAAUAUCAUCCACUGUACAUUACCAGCUCGCAUGAGGGCGGCUACGGUCAGCUAACCGAAGCCCAGAAACGCCGUGAGACGGUGUACGCCGGCGUAGAAUAUGAUGCCGAUGGGUACGCCUAUCCAACAGCGGCCGGAAGAUACUGCGAAUGGAAGCACAAGACGAUUGAUCGUUCGGCCGAAAUUGCUACCUUCGACGAGUACAAGAAAACCCUCCAACUGUCCUGCGACGAUCCGAACGGUCAGCCUGCCUAUCUUAACUGGACGGUGGUGGACGAAACGCCCGAUCUGGUGUACUAUCAGUGCUUCACGCAUCGCAACCUCGGCUGGAAGAUUCACGUCGUCAAUGCGGGCGAAACUAGUAAGAUCAGCGGUUCGCAUGGUUUGUAUGGGUCGGUUUCGUCUACCGUCCUGUACACGCUGCUCCUGCUCGCUCUGGUACCCGGGUUGUUUGCUCUGCUGCCACUACCGCCCAGAGGUUUUUGAUAGUUCAGUGCAGACCCUAGGCAACAGAUGCACCUCUGACGGUACAGGAGUCCCCUGUUUGAACUGUCAUUUGCGUGCGAGCAAUAGUAGUAGUGCGCAACACUUAGGCUAGGCGUGAGUCUGUCGGACCCAAGAAAAAAAAGCGAGAACCUUUUGGUUCUCUGCCAUUUACUGCAAUUGCUGUUUUCAAUCUGCACCGUACAUUUGCUCCAUUGCUGUUCCAUGCACGUGUUGCUGUGGGUGAGAAAUCAGGAAUGCUUGUAGUACACACUCAAUGCGCUGCGUCCUAUAUGCAACCGGGCUCAUUUUGUUCAUAAAACUACACACAAAUGCUGAUUUGAUCAUCUCUUGCCACGUGCACCGCAUGAUUUGUUUUUGACUCGUACCCCGCUCUCACUCUCGUCAGCACGAGCCGCAGUGAAGGAAGUUAAACGUCUUUAUCCGUCCACAGUAAUCGAAGCUACCGGCACCCGCGUAGCAGUACCGCGUCAAAUCGUAACUGGAUUGUGUUGCCUUCACUGCCCGCGAAACAUAUUCGCACCGCAAAAAUAGUCUGCAAUAAGAUGCGCGCAUAUAUGCAACCAGUGUGUAGCCGAUGUAGAACCACAGCCACCCAAUAGCUUCACCGUGCGUCAGGGACAGCAAUGAGCAAAACACCACGGUCAAGAUGCCUACCAGGCAGAAAGUAGGCAAAUUUAGGUAGGCAACAACAAAGUUUAAAGUUGAUUUAGAAGCGCUAAAGUGGGCGCUACACUGCAAAACGGAUACUGGUCCCUCCGGGUUCGGUUUUGGCGGGGCACCCAACACCGAUUCUAGGUAAGCUGGCCCAGCAAACUGAGCUCGUUUGCUUGAAUGGAGCAAUUUCAGUGGCAGUACGUGGCACAGUACUAACAAAAAACUAUCGAAUGCUUGCAACAAUGCAUUAGCAUUAUCGAACAAACCCAUACAACCAUGCGAUAUCGCCGAAAAACAUAUCUUACUAGUGGGAGAACGCGUGCAAAGCGUCUGCAGCACGACGGAACGAACGUGACCGACACGAAUCGCGGAAGCUGACGAAACAUGGGGGGAGAAGGUGGAGAUGUGAGUAGAUAUAAGGACACGAUACAAGAGCGGAAAAGGAAAUGCAAGGCACAAUUAUUUAGCUAAUCAAAUUGUCCUCGGGAGCUGUGUGGGAAUAUCGGGAGUCUAGUGUGAUGGAAAAAGAAACGAUUCAAUAACCUAUGCGCAAAGCUAAGCUUUGCAGGCAACCAUUAGAUAAAAGAAUUUACAAACGAAAACGCGUGACCAGCUCAUGGCUAAGGUAUGUUGCAAACGAAACGAAUAUGUGUACGCAGAAAGCGAUAAUAACAAAUACUUACUACACGUUUGAUGAACAUUCCAAUUGUUUCCCCGUUUUAUAGCUACGUUAGAGACAGUUACUUUCUUCUUCUUUUUGGUGAUCGUAUCAAAGUUGUUAAACUAAUUUUAAAAACUGUUACAUGUUACAGCGUCCGUUUAAGCUCCUCAUAUUGUUUCUCUUACAAAGAAGUUUUUUAUUGAGCAUUUAUUCUAUUAUCGACGCACAGACGCAAAUGGGGCUAUGCUAUGCACUUGCAGGCUUUUAAGCGUACACAAGGAAGGACAUCGAAACAUUCUUAUCUGGUCUCACGUGAGACAGAACGGUACAAUAAUUAGCAGUGAGAUGAACACAAACCCGAGCAUGUUGUGUAAAACCAUAUACAUAUUACAUAUUUAUAGCCGUGCGCAAGAUUCGCUUUUUUCAAAGCGAUAGAAAACGAAUGACAAUAAGUAACUUCAAACUGGUUCGUAGAGUACAACCAGUGCAAAAGAAAAAAAAACGGACACUAUUUACAGUGCAACAGACAAUAAACGUGUUUGCAAUCUUUCGAUUGAGAUUGAGACGUAACUUACAGUAACGUAACGUAAGAAAAAUGUGCAAAACUGAACCGAGUGAAAUGCCAAUCGGGGUGGACAAUAAUAUGUACUUUACAACCAUUUUGCUGUUUCAACAUUUUCAAACCCCCAUCGCAUGCUACUUCAUUCAAGCAGAGGAAAAGUAAGAAAUUACCGUCUGUGUAUGCAAUUAGUAACCUGGGCGUUGUAUUAAGAAGUAAUUAAGAAGAUGAGAGAAAGAUACAGCAUAAAUCUUUUCUCUGAUUAAAGCUAAAUUUGGCUGCACCACUGUACGCCGUAACCAUCGAUUAGAGCAACAACAGUACACUCUAGAUAGUUUAAGAAAUAAUUAACUUUAACUUCGGUACGGUUAGCGGUCGGAAUCGGUACUAUUGCCGCCUCUUUGUAGUUCCGCGAAACCUUCGAAGAAAUGUGAAAUUAAGACAAUUUGACAAUAAUUAAACCGUUGGAAACAUGUGCAACUAAGCUAGACUAAACUAGGAUUAAGCUAAUAGAUAUUGCUUUUUUAUAUGUUCUUUACCCAUCAAUAUAUAAUGCUAAUUCGGUUCGGUAAGUUACUGCUCACUCAAAUAUAGCUGUAAAGUGGUAUGUAGGUGUAAAGAAAAAUAAAAGGCACACAAUGAAAUUCGCAUGGGUGCAUUACUGUUCUGGUGGAAUCAAAAUUUGCACACAUUUAGCUACACCUUCUUCGUUUAUCACUAGAUGGCGAAAGUGAAAGUUUAUUGUAAUCACAAUGAUUUUUCAAUUCAAUUGCAACACACAUUUUGGCAAUACAAACAGAAAGCAAAACCAGCAAGGAGUUCAAAAGUUUGCUCAUUACAAAACAUAAAUAUCAUGCUGCAAAUAGCGAUAAGUAAAACAGAAAAACGAAACCCUAUCUAACAAAAAUCAUUCAAACACAAAAUAUAAAACCAUGCAAAUACAUUCGCAAACAGCACAAAUAGCAGCGAAAAAGAAAGAAAAGACAAUUGUAAAUGGAAAUUGAAUUUCAAAUUAAGUACUAAAUGACAAUAAUAACACAAAAAGCCGAAAUUGGAGCAGAGAAAAAGAGAGAGAGCAUUAUAUAUAUAUACAGCAUCCCAUUGAAAGUGACGCGUUGUUUAAUGUGCUGCGAGCAGAGCUCAAACAAUAAUUAAAUGAAUCAAAAUACAAGCAAACAAAAAAAGAGAAACAAAACUUUACCAAUAAGUGUAAAUUUAGCAAAGAAAAACUCAAAAUAGGCUGGCGAAAUGCAAUUCACUCAAAUUAAAACAUACAACAUAGGUGCAUCAAAAUCACCACCCACUCCCGCACCACUAUGAAUGUAGCACCAUACCCACCUAUAUCUCCGAUGAGAUGUGUGGGUGGUUGUUAACAUUAGUGGAUCAUUUUAUUCUACUAUUAUUAUUACUACUACUAUUACUACUAUUACUACUAAUACUAAUAAUUCUUGUCGGCAAGGAGCACAUUAAAGCGAACCUACAUUUACACGCAUCAUCAUUGCAUCAACGGCAAACACUGAACUAAGGACAAUAAUAUAUUAGCGACAAUAAUAGUAAGCUAAACUACCAUAUAGAGCAAAUCUUGCUAAAGUAAACGUUGAUAGUGUUGUACAUGUAAUUUUACAUCCCGAUCGCAAGACUAUUGGAUCAUAUGUGGAGUGCAAACAAACAUUUGAGCAACACAUUGUACUAGUAAUGCUAUUAUUUCCCUGUAGCGGGUGCAAAUUGUGCUGAAAGUUGGUUUUUAACUUUAAGAAUGUUAUGUAUUUUAGCCUGGCUUUUUAUGGCCGAAGUUAUUAUUUGUUUACUGUAUUGCAAUGCAAGCACGAAAAUGCAAACUUUCAUUUCUACUUGACUUGAAAGCGACAGUAAAACCGCAAACGGUACAGCCGUUUCCACCUACCGAACACACAACUAGCUCGGUAUACAUUGCGGUGCGUAGCAGACAAUGUGACCAAUGCAAUCUAAAACUUAAAAAAAGCUUGACAAACCCAAUAUAACAAUGAUCAAAUUUUGAUUACUUUAUGUGUCUCUUUGUGUAAAAUAGCCAUGUGUCAAUUACAUGACAAUAACGAGUAAGGUGGUGUAAGGAAAAUUAGAUGAAACAGCAAAACAUUUACUAAAGCAAAAAGGAACAGAAAAAUCACACAAUACUGAAAAGAAGUCAUCAUUACUCAUUCUAAAACGCUAAUUCUGACAAACAAUAUUGAUUGAGCAAGGAUAAAAAGGUGAAAAAGAAACAUCACAAUACAGCACCGAUAAAUGAACAGAUCUGCUACACUCUCGCGCUCUCUCACUGUGUAUGAGUGAAGUGAAUUUCAACCGGAAUCAUAGCUCCAUCAUAAGAAGAAAAUCGAGAGCACACUGUGUAAUUUCCUUUGACAUUCUAUUAUUUGUUUUUGGAAACAGUUUCUACAUUGUUCGCUACCAGUUGACCAAUAUCGAAGCAUAAUUUUGAAUCGAAGCGGCCAUUUGGAAGCCGGUAAAUGCGACCGCACACCCGCACGUUACUAGAGAAACGGCGGGAAAAUCUUAAUCCUAAACAAAAACUGAUGAUUGUGAGAGACAAUAAUUCUUUACAACUUUGAAGUACGCGAGCAAGGAUAUUACAUAAUAAGCAAGCAAGCAAAAAGAGCAAACAAGGCAACCAACAAAACAAACACAUCUAGUUUUAAAUAAAGCAUUAACGGUAACUAAGCAAAACGAAA